AAGGUUGUGACCUUUUUUAUUUCUUUUCUACAUGUUUUGUCUUUUCUGCAUACUAAAUUACUUCGCGAUUUUUCCUAACAGUUUGAAUGGUGUCAAUAAAGCUUAUAUAACUUCACAUCACAUUGGCGUGAGAAUAUUUGUGAGAAGUGAGAAUUUCGUACGUGAUAUUGGCUUUAAGACAAUAGUUUCUCUUGACGAUGCUCUGGAGGUCUUGAAGUUAUGGAGGCGUGAAAAUGAAUUCCAGGCCAGCCUAGGGCAAAUGUUGAAAUUUUACACAUUAAUCUGGAAUGAAAUGGCUGCUUCAACGGAGAAAAUUGCAGAGGUUUUCCAUUCAGGACCUUCUAUAUUUAUUCCUUAUGCAUCUAGCUUCAGGCACGAGGAUGUGGUAUGUGGUACAUUGUUGUCCCCUGCAGAAGUAUACUGGCAUGAUUCCACGUCGUUUGUAGACCAAAUCAGAGAAAUUCAUCGUCAGUGCAGCUCAGCAGGUGUUGCUCAUGGCCCAUUGAUUAAGAUGCUUUGCAAUUUCUACCCAGGCCUUCAUGACUUCUUUGUUAACGUCUGUGGAGUACAUGAAACCCCUCCUCUCCGAAGCUACAUUCAGAUUUUGCUUCAUUUAUCAAAUGUUGCUUUGCCUUCACAAGCAGCUAGUGCAGUUUUUCAAGUUUUCCUGAAGUGGACUGAUGGAUUAAAAUCAGGAUUGAGUGCUGAGGAUGUUCUUUAUUUGAAAGAUUUGCUUACAAAGAUUGAAUGUACGGUGCUUCCUACUUUACAAGAUAAGUGGGUUUCUCUACAUCCGUCAUUUGGUCUUGUGUGCUGGUGUGAUGAUAAGAAAUUAAGCAAGCAGUUUAAGCACUUGGAUGGCAUUGAUUUUCUGUACUUGGGUGAACUGAGUAAAGAUGAUGAAGAGAUGCUAUGUACGAAAGUGUCCAUCCUCAUGCAGACUUUAGGGAUUCCUGCUCUUUCAGAGGUUGUAACUCGCGAGGCAAUAUAUUCUGGUAUCGAAGACUCUAGCUUUAAAGCUGCAUUGCUGGAUUGGGCUCUUCCAUAUGCUCAGCGGUACUUAAAUGGUGUACACCCAGAUAAAUAUUCUCAACUCAAGCAGUCUGAAUUUCUGAACUGUUUGCAAGUAGUAGUUGUUGAAAAGCUGUUUUACCGGAAUGUUAUAAAGGGUACUGGAAGUGAAUCCAAGAAGCAAGUUGAAUGUAGUUGCCUUCUGACGGGUAGCAUUUUGUAUACAACCCAAGAGUCAGAUUCUCACGCAUUAUUUCUGGAGCUUUCUCGUUUAUUUUUUAAUGGAAGUCCUGAACUGCACUUUGCAAAUUUCCUUCAUAUGAUCACAACCAUGGCAGAGUCAGGUUCAAAUGAGGAGCAGACAGAGUUUUUCAUCUUAAAUAGCCAAAAGGUGCCAAAGCUUCCUGAUGGUGAAUCUGUUUGGUCCUUGUCUUCUGUGCAUUCCUUAACGAGGAGUGAUAAACCACUGCAGACAAGUUCUAUUUCAACCGUAGUAAAUGAACAAAGCAGUUUGAAAUCCAAAAGCAAAGCAGCAACCUGGCCUCCUGUUGAUUGGAAAACUGCACCAGGGUUUGGUUAUGCUCGUGCAAAUGGUUUUAAGACGCAGGCACCAGGUUCACAGCCUAACACGGUUGUACAAAGUAAAUUGGGUGAUGAUUCUGAAGGUAUCAGCAGACAAACAGAUAAUUUGACACCUGUUUCGGUUGACACUAAUUGGACAAUUGAACAUUGUUCAGCAACAUCUGCAGCUUUAGUUUUGCCAGACUCCAAUCGUCUGCAAGAACAUUGUAGUGAGGCUGACAAUGAGGCUGACUUGUCAAUGCAUAUCCAGUUUGAUCCUAGUAGUUUUGGUCCUGUGUCUGAUGCUCCUGACUUUGGUUCAUCUAAUUUUAGCAAGAGAGAUCAGCUUAGAUUUGGUACACCCAAUUCGACACAAGCAAUUUUAACUGGGCGGCUAGGUGAGCUUGUUGCUUUUAAAUAUUUUGUUGACAAAGCUGGCAAGUCAGUUGUUAAGUGGGUUAAUGAACAUAACGAAACUGGGCUACCAUAUGACAUAGUUCUGGGAGGGAAGGAAAAUAGUAGAGAGUACAUUGAAGUUAAAGCAACCAAGUCUACAAGAAAAGACUGGUUUGAAAUAUCAAUGAGAGAGUUGCAAUUUGCGGUUGAGAAAGGUGAAGCUUUCAGUAUUGCACAUGUCGUUUUAUUGGAUAAUAAUGUUGCAAGGGUCUCAGUAUUCAACAAUCUUGCAAAAUUGUGCCAGCUUCACAAACUACGUUUGGCUGUCUUGAUGCCUGAGCAGCAGAAGGAAUUUUCCAUUGUUUCCCAGUCCUAAAAGGUACUUCAUGUGGUCUCUACUGCAUGCCCAAUUGGCCUAUCUCAGUUGAUGUGGCAGCGGACGAUCUGCUUAUUUAAUCGGAUUUUUUCACAUCAAAUUGGAAAGCCAUAGGCCAGUUGAUUUCCAACCAAAAGUUGACUUUUGGGUGAAAAUUGUGCUGGAGUUGAACAUGCCGGGAACUGUUCGUUCAAAAUUUUUAUCUGUGUGGUUCCUGCUGUCAGCCGGGAUUCUUCAUAUUUAUUCAAACAAUUCAGUCCCCUUCAUUGAUUUUAAUAGGAGUGGGAGUGAACUCUCCUCUGUGGUGUCUGUAUGUACAAUGGAUAGGAAAUGUCUCUGGCAACAAUGUAUAUAUGUACAGAAUUUACUUGGUUUUGUUAUCUGGAUGACAGUUGCUUAUCAAAGAUUUUGUACAGUUUUUUGACCACAGUAAAGAAAGUUGAGGACUUCAAGUUCUGCAUUUUAGGUUA